CCAAUGGAUCUAAGUCCUUUCCCGCCCCCUCCGCGUCAUCUCCCCCCACCGGCCGCAUCGAGCGAACAUGUGCCCCAUAACGCCCAUUGAGCUACUGUCCACGAUAAUCCUCGAAAAGCGAAAACUACGGUCCUCGACAAAGCGGAAAAAGUAUCGCAAAUAA